AUGUCUCAUCUCAACCUCAACCUAGUGCCAGUCGACGCCGAGAUAAACCUCAACUUUCCUGUAAUAGUUGUCGACGCCGCAAGAUUCGAUGUGAUCGUCAACGUCCCUGUAGAACCUGCUCCUACCACUUCGAUCGAGAGGAACAGUCCAAGCUGGCAGAAAGUCCAACAGCAGAUUACUGCUUUGAAGACCCAAGCUCUUUCACCCAACGUCGAAGGUGGCAGCGCCCCUUGCUUUUGUACGGAUGCCGACCUGCAGCUUCAAGCGUCCGUCCAUGGCCCAACGUUUCUCAAAGAGUACGAACAAUUCUGGCGCGAUCCCAACGACACUUCGACAAUGUGGAUCGGUCUUCUUUUCAGCAUGAUUUGCCUAGCUGUCAUCGCAUCAGACCCUUCCACUGACGUAUCUGAAGAUGGCCACCAACAGCUGCAAAUAGAACUGUACCGAGAGAAACUGGUACAAUGUCUGCUGAUGGGAGAGUAUACUCAAGGUGGCGACUAUGCGCUAGAGACUUUCAUGAAUUACGUCUACGUUGAAUUCAGGAUACAUGACGACGCGCAGAGGGAUGUUUGGUUCUUGCUUGGCCUCGAAGUCAACCUAGCCAAACGAAUGGGGUACCACAGAGAUCCCAAACACUUCCCGGAAAUCACCCCGCUCAAGGCAGAGAUGAGGCGACGAGUAUGGGCAACCGUACUACUGGGAGACAUCUUGAUCUCAGGUCAGAUGGGAAUGCCCCGCAUGGUACGAGAUGGCGAGUUCGACACAGCCGAGCCACGAAAUUUAAACGAUGAAGACCUGCACGGAGAAAUGACAAGUCUACCACCGCCAAGGCCAGAGACAGAGCAUACAACAGCCCUGGGGAUCAUUGCUCGACGGAGACUUCUGAUCGCUCUAGGGACCAUCUCCGACCUUGCAGCAUCCCUCAGCCCAAGUAGUUACGCGGACAUAAUGCGACUUGACGGGAUUCUUGAGCAGGCAUACAACAACAUCCCUCUACCACUCCGCAUGAAGUCUAUGGCCUCCAGCGUCACCGACUCCCCCCAAGUAAUCAUGGCCCGCCUUUUCCUUCGCCACAUGUUUUGCGAGGGAAAAAUCAUGUUGCAUCGUCGGUUCCUCUUCGCAAAAUCGACUAUAGAGCAUGAUGACACGUGCUCAUACUCAAGGACAGCUUGUCUUGAUGCAGCUCUCGGAAUGCUACAGAUCCAACAAACUCUAGACGAAGAAACGUGCCCCGGCGGCCAGCUCUUCAUGAUGCACUGGAGGGUAGGAUCUAUCAUGAACCACCACUUCUUGACAGCCACCAUGAUCCUCUGUUCGCUGGUUUAUCAAAGGCAAACUUUGGGCCGAGAGAACGAGAUAUUGACUGCGUUGAGAACUGCUCGCAGCAUCUGGAUGAGAAAGGCCGAAGACUCAGUUGAAGCGAAGAAGGCAUCACAAGCAGUUAGCAUCGUCCUUGCGCGAGCUGGAGGUCCGAGGUUCGAUGCUACCCUUGUAGCUGACCGGCCUAUCCAACUGCUUUCAGAGCCUAUCGCAAAUUCGAAAGAUGCUUUCCUGGAAGGUCUUGUUGGAGAUCAAGUCAUGCUUGAUGAGCAAAUAUUUUUGACCGAGGCUUUCAUGUCAGAUGAAAGGGAUAACGGCAUGGAUUGUUUCUCGCCUUUCAAUCGCCUUCCCGACGAGCUACCAACAGGUACGCUCUGCAGCAAACAAUCUGGAGGCCCAGCAAGUCAUGGGGACUCAACUAUAAGUGAAUGGGUGAUUAUGGGUGAUCAAGGACAGCAUCAGUGA